CUUUAAACAAUAACAACAACAACAUGGCUUGAUUAUUUUCACUAACCUAAUAAUUCAGUACUGAACGUUUUUGCAUAAUAUUGUGCUUUAGAUGCACAAAUGAAAUAACUUUGAUUGAAGUUUUUGGAAGGCACAAGUUUUAUCAGAAUGAAUGCUGGGAAGGGUUUUCACUGCGAGUAUUGCGAUGUGACGAUGACUGGCACGGCAACGUAUGAAACCCACAUGUCGGGAAGGAAGCACAAGAGAAAACUGCAAGCCCUUGGUGCGAUAGCACUCAGCAAGAUGGCUGCAAUUCCAACAAGUAGCACCAGUACAAACACCACAGUGCCACAGAAUAAAGUAAGUGGCUAUGCAGGCAAGUUUGUGAGACCAUCAACAGAAGUCAAAAUGGAAACUAAGGAAGGAGGAACAAGUAUGUAUGCAUAUGGACAGUUUGGCCAAGUGCAGUCCUCCACACCUGGAAUUGCAGAUAAUACUUACAUGCAGUCACAGGCUUAUACACAGGCCCAGGCUUAUACACAGCCACAGGCUUAUUCACAGGCACAGGCUUAUACGCAGUCACAGACUUAUACGCAGGCACAGACAACUCCAGUGAAUACAGACGCAAGAGUUGUUGGAGCUGGUAACACAGACCCAGUUAUGAAAGCCAUCAAAGCCAACAUCGUCGGAUCCGUGUCAAAAAAGAGAAAGCCUGCGUACGAUGGGCGUUGUGAGAUAUGCGGGGUGGACUACACUUCGAAAGAACUGGAGAACAUGCAUCUUCUAGGAAAGAAACACAAGAAGAAGUUGCAGAGCCGUCUGUUGGACAAUAAUGCUGUUUCAAGUGAUUCCACAGGAAUUUCCACCCCUAGCACGCUGAAUCCUGCAUCUUUCUACUGCGGCUUCUGUAACCUACAGCUGAACUCACUCCUUCAGCUAGAGCAGCAUCGCCAAGGAACAUCUCACCUCAACAAAGUCAAGAAAUGCCAGGAUAUUCAGCAAGAGGGCGCCACAGCGGCAAAAAGAAAAUUCAUACCAGCAAGUGAGACCAUCAACACUCCAAUGACAUCACUACCACACCUUGAGCCUUUGACAUAUGACAAGAUCCAGAAAAGUGUGAAAGACAGACUCACAGACAGACAGACACACAGAGCGCAAACCAUAAGUCCCCUCCGGUGAAACCGGUAGGGGACAAAAACUAUUAAUACUCUAGAAGUCACUUUUUUGGUAUAAUCUUUUUGCAUCAGCAGGCAUUUUUUCUGAAUAAUCUUGUUCUUUUGGGUCUGAGGUGAGCGCCUUAGGGCCCGUGUCCCUCUUGUUAAUUUAGUAUUUUGGAAAAUAUUUUAUUUUUAGUUAUCAGAGUUAAAAGUCUGUUUUAUAAAUUUAGUUUUACAUUUAAGAUAUAUUUUAAUGCUUUUAGUGUCCAAUAAUCUAAAUGUUAAACAGGCGAAUGUUUUAAAACUAAAACUUUGCCUGAACAAUUAGAAGAAUCUCGAAUUGUAUUGUUUAGAAAGUUUUUGGAGGUUCAAGAGUUGAAUACGAAUACCCCAGUGUUUUGAAAUGGAUAACUUUUCAAGAUAUUUUCUAACAAAAUGGUAUUAUCAAUAAUAGUAGCAGUUGCAGAAAAAUAAUACAUGUAGAAAUACUUAAGGAAAUGGAUUGUUCGUUAUUGAUUAAUUGAGCUGUAGACAGCCUAUGUCUUGCUGCUUAAAAUUGAUACGAAAAGAAGUGCCCACUUUGAUCCAUCUGGGGCAACUGUUUGUCCUUUGUUCAGUUUUGUUAACUGCAUAUAAUUAUUUCUAAGUUUCAUUGUGCACCAGAUUAAGUGAAGAGUUUAACUAAUUUAUACACAAUUGAAGAACUUAACUAUGGUUGUCAUAAUGUUCAGAAUAUGUUUUUAUCUGCGUAAAUGGUUUUGUGUUUGUUAUUUAUUUGUGGUUCACAAUAAAUAUAUUAAACACAUA